UUGUGAUUUUGUGAUUUUGAUUUUGAUUUGUGAAAUAGUGAAAUACAAUUUUCAUAAUUCUCGGAAUUCUACUUAUUUAGUAUUGCAUUAAGCAAUUAAGCAUUUCAUGUAUUAAAUAGUAAGACCAGUGUUCUGUAAUUGCGAUUUACGCGUUUUAUCUAUACAGAGAUAUAUAAUUUGAUAGAAAUGCCUUCCAAGCAAAGGAAAAUUGCUAUGAUGGGUUACAGAUCCGUUGGCAAAUCGUCUCUUAUUAUACAAUUCGUAGAAGGGCAUUUCGUCGACUCCUAUGAUCCGACAAUAGAAAACACAUUUACCAAAUUUAUAAGGCUUAAUUCAACAGAGUAUGAGGUCAAAUUGGUUGAUACAGCGGGACAAGAUGAAUACAGCAUUUUUCCAUUACAAUAUAGCAUGGAUUUUCAUGGCUAUGUGUUGGUUUAUUCUAUUACAUCCAGUAAAAGUUUUCAAAUUGUCCAAAUAAUAUAUGACAAGUUAUUGGAUAUGGUUGGAAAAAUACAUGUACCAAUAGUGUUGGUGGGUAACAAAACAGACUUGCAUAUGGAAAGAAAAAUAAGUACAGAAGAAGGGAAGAGAUUGGCUGAAAAGUGGAAUGCUGCUUUUGUGGAAACAAGUGCUAAAAGGAAUGAGUCUGUCACCGACAUGUUUCAUGCAAUGUUAUCAGAAAUAGAGAGAUCAGAUGGACAUAUGCCUGAGAAAAAUGGAUGUGUUAUUUCUUAAUGAAAAACUGAACAUAUAUUCAUUAAAUUAAUUAUUGCUAUGUUAUGCACAGCUACUGUACUGUAGAUAUAUGCCCCCAAGAGUUGUCAAGUUCUGUAAGUGUUGCAAGUUCUAUAAAAAUUUAUCUCUAUGUGUUGUCAGAUCAGGUUGGCUAAAGGGUUCACUUACACGAGCAGCAACUGCUACCGACGACUGCAGUCGGCGACAUCUUGGCGACAGUCGCCGACCGCAGUCAACGUCAGUCGACUGCGGUCGCCGACGUCUCGGCGGGAGUCGACGGCGGUUGCCGAUUGCAGUCGACUGCCGUUGACUGCAAUUGACUGCAGUUGUUGGUAGCAGUUGCUAACUGCCGUUGGCAACGUGCGUAAAUGAACCCGAAGACUUGUUCUUGCAGUUUUAAGUUUUUCAUCAACUUAAAAAUAGGAAACUAAAGUCAUGUAUUUUUUGAUCAAGCACUAUCAGUUUUACAAAAAGAAUUACUAUUAUAAUAUUAAUUAUUAUAUAUACCAACAAGGUUUGCAAAUGAGAAAAUUUUUAGCCAAUACAAGAAUUUGAUUUGAUAAUACAUACUGUUUUUAAGUACUUUUGAUUAGUAUCAGAAGUGUGAUCAAAGAUAAUAAUAUUUUAUGCAGAAACAUUUGUCAUUAGAGAAAAGCCAUUAAAAGAAAAGUUUUGUGUAGUUUUGGAAAUGACAUACUAUUAUUUAAUUUGUUUUAAAUUUUCACAAUAAAUUUAUUCUUAACAUGAACAAACAGCUCUUGAAUAUAAUAAUAAUUGUAACAUGUAAAUAUUGCAAGUUUAUAAUGAAUUUUAGAUUUUAUUAUAAACCUUGUGGUUGAAUCAACACAUAGAUUUUAUCUUAGAUGUGGUGUUCACUUUGUGUUUUUUACACAAAUUGUAGUUCUAUGUUAUUUUUAUUUAAUUGUUAACUAACAUUUCAUAUAUUUGAUUGCUGUGUCUAUAGUUAUCAAAAUAUUUUAUUGUAAGGAAGCACUUUGUUAAAAAAUAAUCAGUAAAAUUCAUUUUGUAGGCUUUCGAAAUAUGUCAUAUAAUGUCUGGAACAGAUUGUCUGAUGAAGUUGUGUAGUGUGUUACAGUUUGUGUGCUUCAGCAUGGUGCGGGUAACAGAUGCCUGUAUGACGUUCAUCGUACAUACUAAUAACGUAAAUCGCGGCAACUUUCAAGAGUGUAACGAACCAAGCUGCAAUGCACAAACUUUAGGUGUACUUUUUAGUAGUUAUUGUGACAGUUGCAAGUAAAAUGUUGCUCAUAAUUUAUAAAAAUUGUGAGAAACAUUUUAUUGAACUAACUGUUUUCUGCAGGAUUACAAUCUUUUAAAUUUUAAUUUGAAAUUGGUGAAAUGUUUUUAUAGUUAGUGUAUGUAUUUAUUAUAUUGUUGUUGUCAGUCUGCUAUUUGUAAUCAUGUACUUUUUGGAACUUAUAAAUGCUUCAUCAUAUCAGCUGAUGGACGUCAUAGGCCUUUUGUAGGGACUUCCAAACAUCUUGAUCCUGAGCCGCCUGCUCCAGCGAAUCCCUGUGACUUACUCGAUGUUGUCAGUCAGUGUCGAUGUAUUUUGGUAUAAAUGAUAUUUGAUAUUUAAUUAAUCAAAUCAGUAAAUAUGCUUAAUGAAAAAAUUAAGAAGGUCAUUGGGACUUGUAUGGUGUGUAGUAUCCGAAUUUUACACCACACACAGAAUACUUAAAAAUUAUUUUGAAAAUGUAUUAUAUUUUCAAGUAUUAUAAAUCGCUAUUGCUUUGAUAUGUGACUGUGAGCAUUUGUAUGUGCAAGAUCUUGUGGAGCUUCAGCAGAUGGACCAACAGUUCAAUUAUUUGAAUGUUUAACUAGAUACAGCAUUCCUGAUCGUAAGUGCCAUCUUCGUCAAGUUUUCUUUAUGUUCUUCUUUACCUUUUCAUUAAAUUUACAAUGUAUCUGGCAAUUUACGGUCUAUAAAGUAAAAUUAUUAUAAAUGUGUAUAUUUUAAUAAUGUUUAAAAAAUAAUUUAGUUUAGUUAGCAUGGCAUUUAGAAAACAAUUUAAUGAUUUAUUAUUAUUAUACUUAUUUUUGGUAAGUAUGUACAUGUUCUACAUGUAAUAUAGUUUUGUAUGUUAUUAAAACAAAAGUAGCAUAGUUAGAGAUAACAUGUAGGUCAGAUAAAGUUUAAACAUUAACAUGUGAAUGUUCCAUAUAACAUAUAUACCUAUCAUCAGUACAAUCAUGAUUUGUAAUGAUGUCAUCCAUUACACCUACCAUUAGUAUUACUUGGCAACACAUUAAGAAUUUUCAUGUGGAAUUUUUCAACGAAAUUCGGCAAUUGGUUCUACAAAAUUUUUUCAAAUUUCUCUAUAAUGUAUUCCCAAUCACGUACUACACGCAGGAUAUAGAAUGGUACUCACACUCGGUACCAAAAGUGGAAAAAAUAAUAUGAGCUUGCCCAAUGAAUUUAUUGAUGAGCCGCCAUUUCUAAUAAAUAUCAUUGUUUAUCCACACGGGUAGUAUCGGCAAAUAUUCAUUCGGUUAGGAAAUAUCAGUCAACUAGUAGUUCCUGAGAUUAGCACGUUCAAUCAAACAAACAAACAAACUCUUCAGCUUUAUAAUAUUAGUAUAGAUUUUCUCUUUUGUCUCUCACUUUCGUUGGUAUAGCUGGCUCGAUUUAGCAAUGACGAGUGUUGCCAGCAACUACUGUUGAACUAAAUCGCCAUUUGUGGUGGUUCUCUAUUGAUCCAUCCAUAUUAGUCCAUGUUCCUCAAUACGGUAUGCGUAAAUUGUUUCGUGUAGUCGUGACACUCAGUAUUGCCUAGAGCCCUAGAAAAUGUCUAGAAGGAAGCUAUUUUAAUUGCCCGUGUAAGUGCACCUUUACAUUGAUCUAUCUUUAUAAUAUAGGUACUAAAGCUGCCUUUUCACCCGAAAUGAGCGAUAACCCACCGAUACCAUCGUUACAUUUUUAUAGUUUAACAUCAAUAUGUUAAGGCAGCGUAAAAUAGUAGGUACUGUGAAAACUUUGGUGGAAACAUUUUUCUUUUUAAAUAGGGCAUUGGCUUUAUAUAGUUUCAGUAGAAUCUAGUUUGUAUAGGCAGCUCAGCUCUCUUAAUAUAGGUAUUUUUUUACAUUAUUUAUUUCAUUUUGUGUAUCAAGAAUAAUAUCAUAAUUAGUUAGCUGAGUUGUCUUGAACCUAAAUGAUAUAUUGAACUUUCAUUUACCUACCUCGGACACGGACCGCUUAAAUAUCGCCUCGCUGUUCACCGACAACGGCGCGCCUAGGCUUAUUCGGCUGCGAGGCGUUUCCUUUCCGUUCGUUAUCCUUCGCUUUGUAGUAUGGAGUUUCAUACAAAGAAUACUGAACGCCUAGAGGCGAGACGGAGCGGGUACGUGUUCGAGGCGGUGUAGUGAGUUUUAAGUCUAAGCCCUCAUUCGCACGAGAGCUUUUUAACGAGAGUUAAAACAGCGUUAAAUGAAGCUAAGUAUUUCCAACGCCCAAAAUUGAAAAUGCAACACUGCUGGGAAAAAAACGUGUUUUAAAAACGCUGUCGUGUGAACAUAAACUUGGGAAUGUAUUUGUUGUAUUUGAACGCAUUUAUAACGUCCGUUAAGAAAACUUUCGUGCGAAUGAUGGCUUAGGCAAGUAUACAUAUAAAAAGAUUUGAUGUUAUAUAUUAUUUAAGUUAUCUUAUACAUAGCUAAGUAGGUGUAUGAAUAGGCCUAUUUACCUGUAUAGUGUAUACCUAUUAUUAUCUUAUUAUAGAUCGGCAGGUAAAGGUAGGUAAUAUUUUACAAAAUCAUGAGAGACCACAGUUUUUGUUUAUAUAUUUAAAGCAUUGGGGUAGAAAUAUGUUUUUUUUUAAAAUACAAUAUGUACAUAGCCUUGUACAUAAGUAAUUAUUAUUGAUUUUAAUUUUUACGUAAUAAAUUAAUUUUACGUACAUACUACCUAAUAUAAAGUUGCAUUGAACCAAUAAACAAAUCAGAGAUGCACAAUAUAUUAUUGUACCCACUAAUAUAGUUCUAAGAACACUCUUUUAAAAUCGGAUUAUAUCUAUAUCGGCUUCGUGAAAUUCAUUUUAGAUGGAAUUAGCUUGUUCAAUGAAAAACAAAAUGAUACAUUUGCCAUUGAUAGCAGCGAAACUCUUUUUUUAUUUUGUAGCUUGCAUUUGUAAAAUGUGGGAUACCUAAUUUAUUGAUCGUUGUGAAAUAUGUUUGUCUUUGUAACCUACAUAUUAUAUCGUUUUGUAUAUCUAAUUCUAUGCAAUUCUAAUUAAAUAAGUUGCCUCUGAUAUUACUGCAAAUGACUGAGUACACACUUAGUAAACGUUACUGGUUUAAAGACAAAAACGGUUACAGUCCGAUGCAAACUAUAAGACUUCUCGGUGCUGCGGAGGUCGCUAUUAGUAGGUAGUAGAUUACAUUAUAAAUGCUAAAUAAAAAUCAUGACGCGUGAGACGAUUUCGGGUGGGAAAGAGACACGCGCGGGGUGACUAACCGCCGAUGCGUCGCUACGUCGCUACGUUACCGUUUAUAGCUAAAAUUUUGAACUGCGUAGCUUAACGCACGAUGUUCCGAAAUGUCAUAAGGUUUGCAUAGGACUGUAUCUAUCAGGGAAGUGGAUUUCCAGAACAGCAGUUAUUUGAUGUAGACAACAGUAAUAGAUAAACGCUGGUAUUGGAUAAAAAAACUGAGGACUGCUAGCUAGCAAUAAAGGAAGCUAUAGCUUGGCAAGAUCGUUGAUGACACUCCCAUGAUAUGCGGGCGACGGGGAGGGCGCGGGGCAGAGGCUGGAAGUGGGGUGCAUCAUUUGUGGGUUUAUCUGUCAGCGCUACCCGCCCCCCGGCCCCCGCGGACCAUCGGAAGUGUUAUGAACGAUUUUGCUAAGAUAUAGCGAGCUUUGAGGCUAUUUUGAUCAAUUCCUCGCCUCACAUUACUUACCUUUAUGUAACUUUGACCUAACGCCCUGUUAUUUAAUAUUGGGCGUUAAAUUUUAAUACGCGUAAUUUAAGAGCAAAAUUGCUUAUGAAAACAAUUGUAAAGGAUUAUCAUUGUUGUAAAUAAAUAAGAUAAAUUAAAACUGCUACGAAUAAUU